GUACACCUGAGAUUUGGGUAGAACAUGAAAAAGUUGCUGUGUUCAACAUUUUAUUCUUAUUUGGCUUUCUGCUCCAGAAAAACGCAUCCAAAGCACAUCGAUCUGGUCUACAGAGUCCAAGCUCUGACCGCCCAGGAAAUCUCCAAACAAAAAGCAGUCCAGGACGGUGUUGCAAAUUCUGAAGCUCCGGCGACAGUGACAGAGGCCGUUUUUGUAUACGCCAGUCCCAGCCUCGAACUUCUAAGAAUUUGCCACGCUGCGUUUUGCGCUUGCGAACCACUUCCCCUCCGAUGAAAUGGCAAGCAAGCUCAAGUCCCGCUGGGCCGAUGACGAGGAGGACGCAGCACUCGAAGCACAGCUGAAGAGGGAGCGAGAGGAGAAAAAGCGUCUCAAGGCCGAAAAGGCGCGGAAGCUCGAAGCCGAGAAACAAGCCCGGGACGCCGCUACAGCAGCAGCGACGCAACAACACCCCGACAGCACGAACGGCCCACCCGCGAAGCGACGGAAGCUAUCACCGGACCGAGAGGCACCCCGGACGGCUGGAGCAUCAGCCGAAAGCAUCCCCGUCCCAAAACUAUUGCGAUUCGAGGGCGGCGCAUUCGACAGGUGUCGCAGCGUUGAGAACUACGACAAGCUAAACGACAUCGAGGAAGGCGCCUACGGCUGGGUGUCGCGGGCGCGUGAGCUGGCGACGGGCAAGGUGGUAGCGCUCAAGAGGCUCAAGAUCGACCCCAAAGACCGAGGUGGCCUUCCGGUUACGGGCCUGCGCGAGAUACAGAUCCUCAAGGAUUGUGACCACCGGAAUGUGGUCAAACUGCAGGAGGUGGUCGUCGGGGAGGACACGGACAGGAUUGAAAACAUCUUCCUGGUCCUCGAAUUCGUCGAGCACGACCUCAAGUCCAUCCUCGAGGACAUGCCCGAGCCCUUCCUAGCCUCCGAGAUCAAAACCCUACUCCAGCAGCUCGCCGCGGGCGUCGCCUACCUGCACGACAAUUGGAUCCUGCACCGCGACCUCAAGACCUCCAACCUGCUGCUCAACAACCGCGGCCAGCUCAAGAUCGCCGACUUCGGCAUGGCGCGGUACGUGGGCGACCCGCCGCCCAAACUGACCCAGCUGGUCGUAACCCUGUGGUACCGCUCCCCGGAGCUGCUGCUCGGCGCGGCGCGCUACACGUCGGCCAUCGACAUGUGGAGCGUGGGAUGCAUAUUCGGCGAGCUACUCACGCGCGAGCCGCUGCUGCAGGGCCGCAACGAGGUCGACCAACUGACCAAGAUCUUCGAGCUGUGCGGCGUCCCCACCGAGGACUCGUGGCCGUCCUUCCGGCGUUUGCCCAACGCCCGCGGCCUCCGCCUGCCGCCCAAAUCUUCUUCCUCCUCAUCAGGCUCCCUCGUCCGCGCCAGGUUCCCCCUGCUCACCUCGGCGGGCGUGUCCCUCCUCAACGGCUUGCUCGCGCUCGACCCGGAGAGGCGGCCGUCGGCGCGUGACAUGCUCGCCCACGACUACUUCCGCCAGGACCCGAAACCAAAACAGGAGGCCAUGUUCCCCACCUUCCCCAGCAAGGCGGGCCAGGAGCGGCGGCGGCGCCGCGAGACCCCCAACGCACCCGCGCGGGGCCAGGCGCCGGCUGGGCUCGGCGUCGUCGAUUUCAGCGGCAUCUUUUCCGGGCGGGAGAGGGAGGAACGCGGAGGCGGUUUCUCGCUGCGGAUGGUGUAAAUGCAAGACAAGAGGGGGGUGUCAGGGGUGGUUAUGCUGCUUUUUGGAGCAGAGUUGUGCAGAUAGCAGUUGCUAGGAAGAUAUGCUCGUGAAACCCACAACCCGGUUUUAGGGUGAUUUCCCUUCCCCAUAGCCUGGAAGAAGAGACUCGACGUAGAUCAUAAAGCAGAACUAUAU